AGUGUGGGUUAUUUUUGGGCGCCUUGAGUCUGUGAACAGCUCGGCGUCUGUGGAUGAAAACGAAAUCUUUCAAUGAUUAAGUCAGGCCACUGAAGAAAGACAAUUUAUCACAUUCACAAGACCACCUUAAAACAAAUCAACAAUGUCUUCGACAUCGCAAAAACACAAGGACUUCGUGGCAGAGCCCAUGGGUGAGAAGACUGUGAUGGCAUUAGCAGGAAUUGGUGAAGUUCUUGGAAAAAGAUUGGAAGAAAAGGGCUUUGAUAAGGCGUAUGUUGUUCUAGGACAGUUCCUGGUGCUGAGGAAAGAUGAGGAGUUGUUUCGGGAAUGGUUGAAGGAUACGUGUGGUGCAAAUACCAAACAGCAAGGCGACUGUUAUGGCUGCUUGCGAGAGUGGUGUGACUCUUUCUUGUAGUCGGUUGUUAUUUGUCUUGCAUUUUCAUUUUCUCUUUAUUCCCCUGGUAUGUUGAUUGCCUUUACCUCACUUGACCAGUUUGACUUUUGUUGUAUGCACCAAUUUUAACAUUUAGCCCAGAACUGUACAUUAUCACUAGACGUUAUAUAGAUAGGGACACUUGUAACAUCACUAAUGUUCACAUUGGUUGUUUAGUUACAAGGGAUUGGUUUUGUUUUUGAAACGAAAUAUGAUUUUAAUCCAAAUAUGUGCAUUGACCAAACAACAUCCAGUUAUCAUAAUGUAUUUCAGUUCAAAGGCUGUCGGUCUGCAUAUUCAGGUAGUGUAAGCACAUUGAUAAACACCUUCAUUUUAACCCUGACACUUCAAAGAUACACGCUACACCGGUCUUUACUUGCUUGUUAAUGUGUUUAAAGGUUUUAAUUGAAUUUGGCCAAAUUUUGUCACAAUGCUAAUAUGGUUUUAAAGGUUAUCCUCUGCUAGUCACCAUUGAUAUGUAUUUCCCCAAGGAAAGCAUGGAUAAUGGUGUUAUAUUCCUAUUUGAUUGUAUGAUCUCAAACCCCCAAAUUGUCUUUCGGUAAAUGCCUUAAUAAAGCUAUGUUUUAACUGUGA